AUGUUAAGAAUUGGUGUGUCAGGACAAAUUUCUGAGAUAACUGAGCAUCUUUAUUUAUCAGGUGCUGGUGUUAUAAAGCCGGAAAAGCUUCUGGAAAAGCGAAUUGUAUGCGUCAUCAAUGCUACAAUUGAAGAACCAAGCGUUUAUAUACCAGGCAUCGAUUAUAUGAAAAUAUCCAUCGAAGAUAAUCCACAUGCGAGAAUUGACCAGUAUUUUGAUAUCGUCGCUGAUAAAAUCAAGUCAAUAAAGGAUCGAGGCGGUAAAACUUUAGUGCACUGCGUGGCGGGUGUAUCGCGGUCAGCUUCGUUAUGCAUGAUCUACCUCGUUAAAUACGAAAGAAUGACUCUUCGGCAAGCCUACCAUUAUGUUAAAUCAGCCCGGCCUAUUAUUAGGCCAAACAUUGGCUUUUGGAAACAAAUGAUCGAUUAUGAACGCAAACUUCGAGGAACUUCUACAGUCUCCAUGAUGACAACAAACCAGUCUGAUUUAACGAUUCCUGACGUUUAUUGCGCUGAAUUAAGGCGAAAAAUGGUGCAAGCAGCACCGAAGCCGAAGAUAAACUAUCGAGAUAUCAGUACCGUCCAAACUUUACUCAGUGGAAAAAAUUCAACGAAUCCGUCAGUAAUAACGAAUUUCCUUACGACGGCUGCAUAUCGUCGGUCGACGUCUCCAAUUACGCACACAUUAUUUCCAUUUAGUAGUCGAUAUGCGACAACAUCAUUGCUCAGUCCGAGUCCUUCUCGAAGACAUGUGCCUGGCACAUUGUUCGGUGAAUUCUACCGCCCAGGUUUCUCAACAUUUUGA